UGGUGACGUCACGUGGCGUUGACAUCAUCAACACAUUCACUACAUUUCGCCCAAGAUGUCGUACGCAUAUUUAUUCAAGUAUAUCAUUAUAGGGGACACAGGUGUUGGAAAGUCCUGCCUGUUACUGCAGUUCACAGACAAGAGGUUCCAGCCUGUGCAUGACUUGACUAUAGGUGUUGAAUUUGGUGCACGUAUGAUUACCAUCGAUGGAAAACAAAUCAAAUUGCAAAUCUGGGAUACAGCUGGUCAAGAAUCCUUCCGGUCCAUUACAAGAUCUUACUACAGAGGUGCAGCUGGUGCAUUGUUAGUCUACGACAUCACCAGACGUGAUACGUUUAACCACUUGACCACAUGGUUGGAAGAUGCCAGACAACACUCCAACUCCAAUAUGGUCAUCAUGUUGAUAGGAAACAAAAGUGACCUUGAAGCAAGGCGAGAGGUAAAGAAGGAGGAAGGUGAAGCAUUUGCCCGGGAACAUGGCCUCAUCUUCAUGGAAACAUCUGCCAAGACAGCUGCCAAUGUAGAAGAAGCUUUCAUCAACACAGCGAAGGAAAUCUACCAGAAAAUCCAAGAUGGUGUCUUCGAUAUUAAUAAUGAGGCAAAUGGUAUCAAGAUUGGCCCCCAGCACUCACCGACCAACCAAAGUAUGCCCUCCAGUGGCGGAGGUGGGGGACAGGGAGGUGGAUGCUGCUGAGGAGGCUGCAGCACACAACACAUGGACAAAGCUGAUUGCCGAACGAGUAUAUUUAAGAAAGGGAGACAACACCCUAUCAUUGAGUCACCAUGGGAUGGUUGAAUCUUCGAUAAUUGUAAAAUAUUUCUGUAUGUCUGAGCCUGUAAAAUAUAUAUAGACAACUUUCGUGUUAUGCAUUUCUUUUAAAAGUAUAACUUGUUUCAUGUUUCAUUCUGUCAUGAAUAUAGACUCAGGUGUUGUUAGUGACACCUGGCAUGUUACUGUCGUUUUUAUUUGUUUUGAAGGACACUGCUUGGUGUUUUCACAAGUUUUUGUAACUCAUUUGUAAGUCUUUCAUUGCUAACAUUGUUUUCUGUACCUCUUUUAGUUCGAUGGUUUUAUCAUCUCCGAUCUCUUGAACCUAUAAGCAAACAUCUUCAUGACAAUACUGACACGUACUCAUCAUUGUCAUAACAUUUCAAAUAUUAAUUAGAAUUGAUUUGAGAAUUCCAAGUUCAAGUAUUUUUAACACUUUUGAAAUCUUGUUAUUUUCAUUGACAAAGGGUAGCAGCUCUUGUAAUGGCACUGGCAGACUUUCUAUAGAUAUCUGUAACCUAAGAAGAUAUUAUGGUGUUUGUAAUACAUGCACAAAUUGUAAUCAUGUCAUUGUUGUAAGGGCAUUCUUCUGAAACAGUUGUCUGUUGAACUAAAACUGGUUGUAUUUAUUGGAGAAAAUCAUUCAACAUGAGACACACUUUCAACGUCAAUUCUGAUGGUGGAUAUCUUUGUACUGUCAGUGUAUUUGUCUUUCUUAAAUAUCUUCAAAGGGGAAAACUUUUUAAAGAGUUGUAUCAGUUCUCAUGUGCAUGCCCUGUAUGUUUAAGAUUAUUUUUCUGCAAUGUGGUUGUAACACUCCCAGUGUUGUGACGUCACAGCAAUGGAAGUAUGUCACUGUAACACUCUUUGUGUAUAUGCUUUGUCUAUUUGCUGUACAGAAUGCUUCAAGCAUGUAGAAUACAAUGCAUUCCAAUAUCAGCUGAGCGAUCAUGGAAGAUGUAUUUAGAACAUGUAUACCACAAUUUAUCAAGUCACCGUCAAGGAACUUUGUCAACUGCUGAGGAUGGAAACAAAAGUGUUUUUUCAAAUGCAACUGUUCACCUUGGUGUAAAUUAAUGUUCUAUCACCGUUAACUAGUUUCAGUAUGUGACAUGCACACUGGUGGUAGUACCUCAAGUUUUGGACCUGCUUGAUCUAUGAUGUUAGGAUCAAAGUCUCUAACUGAAAGCAACUAACUUUGCAAAGUUUUUAAUCAUCUUUUUGUUAAUGAUAGAGAUAAAUUUAUUGACUAUUUAUUACAUGAAAUCCUUAACAGUGCUAAUAUUGAUGUGCCAGUGGAUACCUUAAUCUUCCUAACUGUUCGUUCUCGGCAAGCUUUAAGCCUAUGUAAACAAACACUUUGCUCUCAAUAUGGUCCUCUUCUCUUCAGGCCUUUACUUAACUAUUGUCUCAUCAAAGGAAGAAAUGUGGUUUGUAGAAAAUAUUUCAAAUCUUUGAUAUUUUGACUUUUUGGGUUAUUAGCAUGCCAUUAAGAAUUUCGUAUUAGUCCAAACUUUUCUAAGGACUAUUAAAUAAUGUUUAACAAGGGUUGUGAGAAUGGUUAAAGAUUGCAAGGCCUGAAAGGAAAAACAGUUCCACCUUAACAUAUAUUCUUUGUAGAUCUGUAGGAAAUGGAGAUCACUGCAAUAUUUAUUGUCCUGUAUUCCUGUAAUUUACUGAUAAUUAUUGUAUGUUGACGUUGACUGUGUGAUUGCACCGAGACUGACAACAUCUGUGAGUAGGCAGGGAUGGGAGAUAACUCUGUGUCCUCCAAACCUGGUAGGUGGUGCACUAUGUUGUGAAGGCAAUAAAGGGUGUCCUUGGUGAA